UUAAUAAUAGAAAGAGAAAAAAAUAGUGACUGCGAUUGAAACAAAUCAAAUCCUGUCUGGAUGUCAAAUAUAAAAAUAAAAAAGGAAAAGAAAUGGUGUCGUCCAAUAGAAUGCUGCGAAAUUCGUUUGGUUAUGGUUUAUUGGCAAAGGACUAAUACCAUACAAGUUACAACUUACAAGUACACCUCUUCUUUUCUACUUUAAAGCUACGAACCUAUUCAUAAUUCAAAUAGAAUCCAUUGAAUUUCAAUCCACUGCUACUGCUGCAGAAUACUAAACAGAGCAGAAGAGAUUAGUUCUUAGAGGGAGAAAAAAAAAAAAAAAACAAAUAUGGGAAGAAGGAAAAUUGAGAUGAAGAAAAUUGAAGAUAAGAGCAGUCGUCAAGUUACUUUUUCUAAACGACGAUGUGGACUUAUGAAAAAAGCUCGUGAAUUAUCUGUUCUUUGUGAUGUUGAUGUUGCACUUCUUGUUUUCUCCAAUCAUGGUCGUCUCUACGAUUUAUUUAGUGCCUCUUCUUCUUCAUCUUCUUUAAGUUUGUCUCAGAUUCUCAAGCGCUAUCAGGAUUCCACCCCAGCAGAUGAAGGAACUAUAACAAACGUGGAAGAAAGGGAGCCGAACACCUGUUCAAAUAAUGCACAAGUCCAAACGUGUGAUGAGCUAUUAAAGAUAUUUAAAAGGUACAUAGAAGGCCCUGACAUGAAAAAUCUUAGUCUUGAUGAGUUCUCUAAGCUGGAGAAGGAAGUAAAUGAUGUCCUUGUACAUACUAGAAACCAAAAGACUCAAAUUAUGUUGGAACAUCUUGCGACGCUCCAUGAACAGGAGAAAUCACUAAAACAAGAGAAUCAACUGUUGAAGGAUAAGAUUGCAAAUUUAAACGAGGUAACUACGAGAGCAAACAAUGUAAACUAUAAUUUGGAUGCGUAUAUGGGUAUGGGAUGCCCUCAUCCAAUGAACACACUCCCUCUGUUGUGGUAACCGAUAAUUGAUAACUCGUAACAAUUAUUAAGGACGCGUGUGGCUCCGCUGAGAAGGCAAUUCUGGGAUGUUUAGCUUCAAUAAUCAUGUUUGUCCAAUUACUAUUUACUAUUUACUAUUUACUAUUUACUAUUUUAUCUAAUUUAUGUGUUGUUCAUGAUUGGCCACUAUUGUACUUAACAUAUUAGUAUACCAGUGCUAGCUAGCUACAAGCAAAGUUGAUUCAUUGCGUGUAAUAAAUCAGUAUUAAAAUUUAACAAAUGAUAGAUUUGAUCUACUUGGUCCGUUA